GGGUCCGCCCGAGGCCACGGGCUGGGGGCAGUAACUCAGGUGUGGACGAAGCGUAAAACGCCGGCGAUUUCGCGAUUCUCCCUCUCUUCUUCUAGCUCAGUUGGCUCCGAUCCCACAUCAUGAGUUGCUCAGAAAAUGAUGGCAACAUCUUAAUGGUCUCAAAGGAACAGCUUGAGUCAUCAUCUACUGAUGAAGGUAGUUGUAGUGGAUCAUCUACGGGAGGAGGAACAGUCAAUUUGAAAAAGGGACCUUGGACAACUGCAGAAGAUGCACUUUUGAUUUCAUACGUCCAGAAACAUGGUGAGGGAAACUGGAAUGCUGUUCAAAGACACUCUGGGCUACUUAGGUGUGGGAAGAGUUGCCGGCUGCGAUGGGCUAAUCAUCUUAGGCCACAUUUGAAAAAGGGAGCCUUUACUACAGAGGAGGAGCAAUUUAUUAUUCAAAUGCAUUCUAAGAUGGGAAACAGAUGGGCUCGGAUGGCUGCACUUCUCCCUGGGCGUACAGAUAAUGAAAUAAAAAAUUAUUGGAACACGCGUGUCAAGAGACGGUCAAGAGCUGGUUUGCCACUUUAUCCAACUAAAGUAAACUUGCAAACUUCAGAUGAAAAUCAACUGAUCCAGAGUGCUACUGAGCUCAGCAGUGGUAACCAACAGAACAUUGGAAUUUUACCAGGAACCAUUAAUGGAACGCUGGAACUUAGAUUUCUUCCUCACAAAGCUAAUCCAGGGCCACCACCUUAUCCACCUCAUUUUUCAGACAUCCCUGUAACUGCAAUGCCAAGUCAUGGUCUUGGUUAUUACACUCGCAGUUUUUUAAAUCCCCAAGGGGAUCAUGCCAAGCAGACUUGGGAAUCUGAAACCUCCUUUCCAGGUUGCCAUUUUGGCCUUAACAGCAUGGUUCCUGCAUUUGAGGAUCUCUCAAGUUUGAAUUCUGAACCAGUUUAUUUGAACUCUGGGAUAGGUUAUCCCCAUGAUCCUGAUCCUGAGAGCAAGAAGAACCUGGCAUCCUUUAUUUGCCCCAUACCCGGCAACCAUGCCUUAUCAAAUGGCAACUUCUCCUCUUCCAGGCUCCUUCCAGGGGCUGUGAAGAUGGAGCUCCCUUCACUCCAAUCUACAGAAGCUGAUUAUAAUGACUGGAACACGUCUGCUUCUUUGUUUACAUCCUCAUAUGAUGCAGUUGAUAGUUAUAUCCAGUCUCCUGAAAAUGUUUCAGUGCAGUCCGACUGCGCUUCACCAAAAAACAAAGGUUUAUUAGAAGAUUUGGUUCAGGAAUCAAAAGCAAUAAGCAUUGGGAAGAAACAAUCAUUAGAGAAAAGCUUCGAUGAUACCAUGACGGGAAGCAGCACUGUAAAAUUGGAAGAGAUUAGGGACCCAACUUCCCCCUUUUGUCAAUCAGCUGUUUCUCUAUUCAACGAGUGUAACCCAAUCAAUAGAAGCACUUAUAAUGAAUCUUCAACGUUUAAAGCACCUAUGGGUGAGUAUUUUUUGCACUUAACUUUCUCUUCUGGUACUCAGCGAGAUGUAAAUGUGGGUUCUGCAGGUUCUGCCAAACAAGAUAAAUGUGCUCCGAAUUUGCCAGAUUUCUUGAGACCUGAUGUUCUACUCGGAUCAGGUUGGUUUAUUGGAAAUUCUCGAAGUGCCAUUGAUUCUAUUUCUGGACCUUUAGAUGAGAACUUGCGUGAAGACCUUGUGCCUGGGCCUGCUGGAAUAUCAUCCAUGGCUUCACUGGAGUCCUAUCCAUGGACUAACAUGCCACGAGUCUGCCAAAUGUCUGAACUUCAAUGAGUUCAAUUAGCUGAAGAAUGACAAUCAUUGUGAGCUAUUGGUAAUUAAGAUUUGUUCUCAUCUUUGACAAUGGAUCAUUGAAUUUCAUGUUGCUCUUUUUUUUCAGCUUCAAGCAUCGUAGGCUGUCAUUUCUGUUGCAUAGUAAUGCUGGAUGAAUGGGAACAAACUUGUUAUAAAAUUUG